CGUUCAUUCCGCUCGUUCAGUUCAGUUCAGCCGGCGAGGGAGCGCACACCGGCCGCAACUUGUCAAACCGAUUAAAAAAACAAAUUAAAAAAUAAAUAUGAGGGAAAUUGUGCAUCUCCAGGCCGGACAGUGCGGGAACCAGAUUGGAGCUAAAUUCUGGGAGAUCAUCUCUGAAGAGCACGGCAUCGACCCUCAGGGGGUCUACAAGGGCACCAGCGACCUUCAGCUUGAGCGCAUCUCUGUCUACUACAAUGAGGCCUCUGUUGCGUGCGCGGAGAACGGCGGGAAGUACGUCCCCCGCGCCAUCCUCCUCGACUUGGAGCCCGGCACCAUGGACGCCGUGCGCUCCGGCGCCUACGGCCAGCUGUUCCGCCCCGACAACUUCGUGUUCGGGCAGUCCGGCGCCGGCAACAACUGGGCCAAGGGCCACUACACCGAGGGCGCCGAGCUCGUCGACGCGGUCCUAGACGUCGUCAGGAAGGAAUGCGAGAACUGCGACUGCCUCCAAGGCUUCCAGCUCACACACUCGCUCGGCGGAGGCACCGGCUCCGGUAUGGGAACAUUGCUAAUCUCAAAAAUCAGAGAGGAAUACCCCGACAGAAUCAUGAACACAUACUCGGUUGUACCUUCCCCUAAAGUAUCAGACACUGUCGUAGAACCGUAUAAUGCCGUCCUCUCUAUUCACCAGCUCGUUGAAAACACAGAUGAGACUUAUUGCAUUGAUAACGAAGCUCUAUAUGACAUAUGCUAUAGGACCCUUAAAGUACCUAACCCUACGUACGGAGACUUGAACCAUCUAGUGUCUCUGACUAUGUCUGGUGUUACGACGUGUCUUAGAUUCCCUGGUCAGCUGAAUGCUGAUCUUAGAAAGCUGGCGGUAAAUAUGGUGCCUUUCCCGCGUCUGCAUUUCUUUAUGCCCGGGUUCGCGCCGCUGACGUCCCGCGGCAGCCAGCAGUACCGCGCGCUGACCGUGCCCGAGCUGACGCAGCAGAUGUUCGACGCCAAGAACAUGAUGGCGGCGUGCGACCCGCGCCACGGCCGCUACCUCACCGUGGCCGCCAUCUUCCGCGGUCGCAUGUCCAUGAAGGAAGUCGACGAGCAGAUGCUCAACAUCCAGAAUAAAAACAGCAGCUUCUUUGUGGAAUGGAUCCCUAACAACGUGAAGACGGCCGUGUGCGACAUCCCUCCGAAAGGCUUGAAAAUGUCUUCGACCUUCAUUGGUAAUACGACAGCGAUUCAAGAGCUGUUCAAACGCAUCUCGGAGCAGUUCACGGCUAUGUUCAGGCGCAAGGCUUUCUUGCAUUGGUACACUGGGGAAGGCAUGGACGAGAUGGAGUUCAACGAGGCCGAGAGCAACGUCAAUGACCUGGUGUCGGAGUACCAGCAGUACCAGGAGGCCACGGCGGAAGAUGACACCGAGUUUGACCAGGAAGACCUUGAAGAGUUGGCCCAGGACGAGCAUAAUUAGAUAAUCUUAGCUGAUAGUAUUUAGGAUGAGCCUUGUUUCCAUGAUUUGUUUAUACAGAUGUAGUGCAAAAUUAUUCCAUCGUAUUUUCUCGGAAGCGUUCGUAUUUGUCAUGCUACUUCAGUCAACCUUAGUAGCUAAGUACUUUUUGUACCGAGACUGACUGAAAUAGCAAAACACGUUCGUACGUUUUCGUGAAAAUACGAUGGAAAAUAAUGAUGCACUACUUCUGUUAUUUUUAACAAAAAAUUUAGGCUUGUCUAUGAAAUCUUAUUAGAAUUUACUAAUCGUGGAAACAGAGCUUAAAAACGAAUCAAACCUAUCCUCGCUCGAAAUAUUUUACUUUUUAUAUGUCCAACGAAUAGAGACUAAGUCGCAUUUAGUCCGACGCGGACCAAUGAAAUAAUGAACUCACGAAAACUACAAGUCAUGGAGAAUUAUGCGAAGUUGGCAACACGUGUGGCGCUAGUAUCGCAGUAUUUAUGAAUUUGACUAAAGGACUUGUAUCCAUGGUCAUGAAAAAAAUUAAAAAAAAAAUCGCUGUAGCUGAUAGGCUUGGCAAUUCAAAAUGGCGUCUCGACUGACCAAUCAGAAUAGAUUUUACGAUGAACUAUAUUUUUAAAUGUUUGUAUUCUAACGUAAUGUUGGCUUACUUCUGUAUUUUUCCUAGAUUUGAAAUCGAGAUUUUAACGAGCAGUACUGAAGCGUCAAUAUAUUGACGGUUUUGAAAGUGCAAGUAAUAUAGUAUUACAGAAAUUUUAUAAUUAAGGAAGCAAUAAGGAACGUACCAAUUCGUGCAUUUCCUAGCUUAAGUUAUUGUAAUGUCUUGUAUGCUUUUAUAUAUUAAUUUAUAAUUAAAUGUUUUACACAAAU